CUUUUUCUUCUCCCCGAUGCUCUGCCUCCCGAAAGCCUCCCCCAUAGCCACCGACGCACUCUUCUUGAGAAAAACCAGUGAGAGGCUUGACUGAUUUCCUUCUUUUCUUGUCCAAGAACCGAUUUUAGGACUUAGAACACUCUCCUAAACCCAGAAUUUUCUAGAUCUACGUUGCUUUGUGUCUGCCUCCUCUGCUGUCCGCGAGUUUCUGCUGUGUGAGGUGCGAAUUUUGGGCUUUUUCUGCCGUGAGUCCCCUACAGAAUUUGCCGCCGGCUUCUUCCCUCCGCCAAGUCCGGUUCUGCAGCUGGCUGGAAAUUCUAGUAUGUUGACAGCCCCAUUAAGUCCGAAAUUACCCAUUUAAUUGUUGGGUUUUGUCCAUUAAGUGCUGCCAUGUGCUUGGCCGAAUUUUGCUAAAAUGGGGGAGGAAUUCCGGUAGCAUUUAGCAGCAUUUUAAAUGUGUUUUGUGCUUGGUUUAUGUAGGAAUUUUGUUAAUUAGGCUGUUGUGAUGUUUUGGAGAGAAAAUCCCGUGUGUGUGAGUUGUGGUUUGCCAAAGCUAUGCUCUCCAUGUGCUGCCCGUGAGAAAUGGGGAAAUUUUGGUAGCUUAAGCUAUGUUUUUAAGCUUAGUUUAAGUGUAAAUUAGCUUGAAUUGGGUUGUUGUGAUUUUGGAGUGUAAAUUAGCUUGAAUUGGGUUGUUGUGAUUUUGGAGAAAAAUCCCGUGAGAUUAGUUAUUGUUUUGUCAAUUUUGGAAGUUGAAGUUACUGUUCACGGUACUGAACACUGUUCACGCACAGAUGGCCAAUAAUUAACGGGGGGAUUUAAAUGUUUAGUUUGUAAUAUAAGAAUAAAUUUGGAGAUGUCCG